AAGUGUUAUUUGGUUCGCACAUUUCAGAAAGGAUAAAUGUGAAUUCUUGUUUGGCACUCAAAUAUGAGAAAUUGCAUCUCGCAUUGAUAACAUGAUACCAUUACAGAUACUUGGAUAUUCUUUUUUGUUAAUUGUUACAAACGAUAUAAUACAAGGACAUGGAUAUUCGGUGGAUACAAAUACACGAGACGCAAACGAAGAGGAAAAUAUGCUGAACGAUGCGCCAAAUGCAGCAAGUGAAGAUUCUUAUAAUGUUAAAAACAGAAAAGGUGGAAGACGCGUAUUCGCGGGAGGUUGUGCCCAUAGACCGGAUACACCUAUAAACGGCAAGAUUAAAUGUUCUCUGAACAGUGGCUGCACUGCAAGUUGUGCGCCAGAUUACAAAUUUCCGAAUGGCGCGUUUCAUCUGUCGAUCACCUGCAUUGAUAAGGAAUGGCACAUUGAAGGAACCGAAUGGAAUUUGAUACCGCAUUGUGAACCGAUUUGCAUGCCCGAAUGUCAAAACAAGGGCAUAUGCAUUGCACCUCAUCAUUGCGAUUGUCCCGAACAUUUCAGCGGCCCGCAGUGCCAAUUUGAGGAUAAACCAUGUUUGAAUUAUCCACCGCCCGUGCUUAAUUCUUAUAAAAAAUGUAACUCAAAAACAUGCACUGUCUCCUGCAUGAAACAUUUUACAUUUCCUGAUAGUUCAUCUGUCGCCAAUUUAAUAUGCAAGGAUGGGAGCUGGAAACCAACCAGAAGUGAUUGGAUCUCGAUUCCGGAUUGCGAACCUGUAUGCGAGCCGCCUUGCCAAAACGGCGGCAAUUGUUUACCGACGAAUUUAUGCCAAUGUCCACAGGAUUAUCGAGGACCUCAAUGUCAAUACUCUGCCGAUACUUGCGAUGCCGAGAAACUACGUUUUAAUGGCGGAUAUCACUGUACUGGCGACAGCGAGACAUAUUCCUGCACACUGAAUUGUCCUUCGGGAGUGGAAUUCGAAUUCCCACCAGCCACAGCUUAUAUCUGCACUUAUGAUAAGGGCGUCUUUGAACCGCAGCCAAUACCACAAUGUAAGGUCGAUAAAAACAUUAAGAUCAUCUCACUCGGUACCUCCUAUAACACCUACGUACGGGAAUCGAAUCAUUCAUGGUCAAUGCAUGAUAUUUUCGGCACGAAACACUCUCAGGAAAUUCAUAACGGAUAUUACGGUGUUCACGGUGGCGGACGCGAUGCGUCCUCAUAUCCGAUUGAGUCCAAUGGCGUAAUGAUAAUCGAGAUGAAUCGACCGAGACCUAAGACGUGCUUCACUUGGGGCGGCGCGCACUAUAAGACCUUCGACGAUAGAAUUUAUAGCUUCAACAGCGACUGCUCGCACACGCUUCUUCGAGAGACCCAAGACGGUGUCUGCACGAUUAUAGCGCUUAAUAGUCCGGGAUGCAAGGCCGGAUCAUCAGGUCGUUGCGUCAAAAUCAUAAAGCUGUUCGUACAUAACAAGGAAUAUACGCUCACCAGCGACGAGAUGGGGAUGCCAAUGUUUUUCAAUGGCAAACGAUCUUUACCAAUACCUGUAUACUUGCCUGGAUUGCGUGUGGACAAGUCUGCUCAUUUCAUCAUUGUUUCUCUUGACUCGUUGGGCAUGAAGCUAAAGUGGGACAGCGCUUUGUUACUGCAGAUCGAGGCAUCCGAGAGUAUGUGGAACAAGACAACCGGCCUGUGCGGCACGAUGAAUGACGAUCAAAAUGACGAGUUCCUAACAAAGAGCGGAAGUUAUGCUAGCAGUAUAUUGGCAUUCGCCAAUUCUUGGCGUGUCGAUGAUCUUGGAGAAAUGUGUGACGACUAUCCAAGUACACGACAUCCGUGCGAAACAGAAGAUAAGUUUGCUAGAGACGCUUUUGAAUUUUGUACUGAGUUACUCUUCAAUCAUAAAUUUAAGACUUGCGCCAAUACGAUAAAUCUUUCUGAAUUGACCGAGGCAUGCUUAUGGGAUUAUUGCGCGUGUGAGCAUGAUGAUAAAAGGAAAUGUGCCUGCCAUGCCAUGGAUGUUUACAUCCGCCAAUGCGCUCACAAGGGACUCGCGCAAUUAACUGCGUGGAGAAGCAAUGAUACUUGUCCGAUUUUUUGCGAUGGUGGACGAGUAUAUCUAUCAUGCGGCCCGAAGGUGGAAGCGUCCUGUUUUUCCGGUAUCGAGACGAACCAGGAAAUCUCUUCCGAAUGCGAGGAAGGUUGUUUCUGUCCAGUAGGUACUUUGGAACACGGAGGCAAGUGCAUCUCUCCGGAAGAAUGCCCGUGUAGAUUGAGGGGUAAAUUAUUCCAACCGGGCUCGAGCGUGCAAAAGAAGUGCAACACUUGCACAUGUAUUUCCGGCAAAUGGGUGUGCACGCAGAUACGUUGUGGCGCCAGAUGCGCAAUCGUGGGCGAUCCGCAUUACACCACGUUCGAUGGCAAGCAUUACGAUUUUAUGGGAAAAUGCAAAUACUAUUUGAUGAAGGGAGAAAAUUAUUCAAUUGAAAGCGAAAAUGUCCCAUGUUCCGGAGCGAUAUCCGAGAAUUUGGGCUUUGCUUCCGUAGGCUCUCCAUCAUGCACUAAAGGCGUUACAAUUAAUUUUAAGGAUACCGUUAUUAAAUUAAAACAAAGUCGCCAGAUUACGAUAAACGGUGACGAGAUAAUAAAAUUUCCGAUGUUGUUCAAUGGUGCUCGAAUACGAACCGCGAGCAGUAUAUUCGUGGUGAUUCAGUUGCCAAAUGCUUUAGAAAUAUGGUGGGACGGUGUAUCACGUGUUUACAUCAAUGCUCCAGCCGAAUUUCACGAUCGAACGAAAGGACUUUGCGGCACGUUUACCGAAAAUCAAAAAGAUGAUUUCAUAACGCCUGAUGGUGAUAUUGAGAUCGCAGCAAUCGUCUUUGCCAAUAAAUGGAAAACGAACGAAUAUUGCAUUGAUGAGUUUGAAAGUGAAUCAAAACACCCUUGCGAUCUAAAUCCUCAAAGGAGAGCUAACGCAGAAGAAUAUUGUUCCAAGAUACAUAGUGAUAUUUUCUCAGAUUGUCACUGGUACGUUGAUCCAUUAGAAUUUUAUCAAGACUGUAUGUACGAUAUGUGCGCAUGCGAUACCGAUGUAAAGUCAUGCCUCUGCCCGAUGUUGGCAGCCUAUGCGAAAGAUUGCGCGGCACUAGGCGUAAAGCUUUUGUGGCGUGCUGAGAUUGAAGAAUGCAAGAUUCAUUGCGGCGGCGGACAGACUUAUCAAAUCUGCGGAAAUAGCUGCACCAGAUCGUGCACGGAUAUAUCCUUUUAUCGAGAUUGCAAGCAAGAAUGCGUGGAAGGUUGCAAUUGUCCGGAGGAUCAAACACUGAACACAAACGGCGAAUGUAUCCCGAUCGUUCAGUGUCCUUGCAUUUAUGCUGGUCGCGAAUACAAGCCUAAUCAUCGAGAGGUCCGUCCGGGCAACAAGGGACAGGAGAUUUGCUCUUGCAUAGGCGGCGUAUGGGAGUGCCGAUUAGCAACACCGGAUGAGAUUCGAGAAUAUCCACCGAUCACGGAUCUGCUCUGCCCUGCUAGCAAACAUCUGGAGACGACGGAUUGUCAACCAGUGGAGCAGAAAACGUGCAGCAAUAUGCACAUGCCGAUCAAACAGACGCCAUUGGUGUGUACAUCCGGUUGCAUUUGCAAAUCCGGAUAUGUCUUAGAUGUAGCGAGUGGCGUGUGUGUCAAGAAAGAGGAUUGUCCCUGUCUUCAUGGCGGAAAAAGCUACAAAGAAGGCUCGGUUAUACAGGCCGGGUGUAACACUUGCACAUGUAAGGGCACCAAGUGGGAAUGCACGGAUCGAACUUGCGCAGGAAUUUGCUCCGUGUGGGGUGACUCGCAUUACAAAACAUUCGACGGUAAGAUGUACAGUUUUCAAGGCAUAUGCGACUAUGUUUUGACGAAAGGUGCGCUAAGCAAGGAAGAAUGUUUCGACGUCUCGAUUCAGAAUGUGCCUUGCGGUACGAACGGAGUUGCGUGUUCAAAGUCAAUCAAGCUAAUAAUUGGGAGCGGUACACAGCAGGAAGAGCUUGUCUUGACAAAAGGAAAGGAAUUACCGAAAAAAACUUACAAGAGAAUGAUGAUAAGAAACGCUGGUCUCUUUGUGUUUGUCGAUGUGCCGGACUUGGGAUUGGUAUUACAGUGGGACAAAGGUACCAGAGUUUACGUGAGAUUAAAUCCGGAAUGGAAAGGCCGCACGAUGGGCCUAUGCGGCGACUACAAUAACAAUGCCGAGGACGAUUUCAAAACGCCAUCCGGCGGAAUAUCCGAAGUCUCUGUCAAUCUAUUCGGGGACUCAUGGAAAAAGAAUGCGUUCUGUCUCGAACCAAAAGAUAUACAGGAUGAUGCCUGUGAACGACAUCCAGAACGUAAGCUAUGGUCAUUACGGCAGUGCAAUGUGCUCAAAUCGCCAUUGUUUUCGCCAUGUCACUCGGAAGUGGAGGUAGAGCCGUAUCUGCGCAAUUGCAUCUUCGACACGUGUAGCUGUGAUGCCGGCGGCGACUGCGAAUGCCUAUGCACUGCAUUGGCUGCAUAUGCGCAUGAGUGCAACGUACAGGGCGUUCCUGUGAAAUGGCGUACGCAAGAACUUUGCCCGUUGCAGUGCGACGAGAAAUGUAGUACAUAUUCGGCUUGCGUCUCAACCUGUCCACGUGAGACAUGCGACAAUUUGAUGACCGUGAAACACAGCUCACACCUAUGUGCGGAAGAUACAUGUGUAGAGGGUUGUCGGUUCGAACCCUGCCCCGAUGGUCAAGUGUAUCGGAACACCAGUUAUACAGAAUGUAUAUCCAAGUCGAUGUGUGCGAAACCGUUCUGCGUUGAGAUCAACGGAACGACAUACUACGAGGGUGAUCGAGUAAACGGCGACGAUUGUCAGAGCUGUUUCUGCAGUCGUGGUACAGUGACUUGUAAUGGAGAGGCUUGCACCAGCACUACUAUAGCUAAUUUUGCUACCGUGCCCUUGAUGGAACCUCAAAAAUGUGUGGAUGGGUGGUCUAUGUGGAUCAAUCAGGAUCCAGAGAUAAAAGGGAAAAAAUUUUUGGAUGAGGAGCCAUUGCCUAGUUUAAUGAAUUUUGCUAAUGUGAACGGAUUAGCGAUUUGCGACAGAGAGCACAUGGUCGACAUAAGAUGUAGAUCCGUCAAGGAUCAUUCGAGUCCGAAAGAAACUGGCUUGGAUGUAGAGUGUAGCUUAGAGCGCGGUUUGUACUGUCAAUCGCAUCUUCCAGAUCUUCCUUGCGUAGAUUUUGAGAUCAGCGUGCUAUGUCGCUGCUCCGAACCAAUCAUACACGGCAUCGAAAAUGCGACAACGGAAAUUGGAUUGCCAAAGGAAUGCGAUGUAACGCAUCCCAAUUCGCCUCAUCCUACCAAUUGCCAGCUAUUUUAUCAUUGCGUUCCUACGCCGACAGGACAUGAACUGGUGGAAAAAUCAUGCGGUCCCGGCACCUUGUACAAUUCCGAGACUCAAGUAUGCGAUUGGCCGGCGGAAGUUGUACGUACGCGACCAGAGUGUUCGAUCGCACCCGGGCAGACCACGCAGAUCAGUAGCGGAACCGAAUGGAAUACCAACUAUGAGAACACGGUGAAAAAGAUAGUAUCGACAAUGAAUGUAUGCAAAAACGGUGAGACAUGGAGUGAAUGCGCGAUCCCGUGUACCAAGACCUGCCAAUAUUAUCAUCAUAUCCUGAUGACACAAGGUCAUUGCAACGAAGGUAUUGAUUGCGUCGCUGGAUGCAUCCCGAUCGAUCAACCGACGUGUCCCUCCCACAAAUUCUGGCGAGAUGGUAUCACCUGCGUAGAGGCGAAUCAUUGUCCUUGUAUAUCUCACGAUGGUAACUCGGUCGCGCCAGGCGCUGUCAGGAAAGAAUCCGAUUGCGAGACCUGCCAGUGCAUCAAUAACUAUUACACGUGUGAUACAACUUUCUGCUACAACGUAUCAAGUCAUAAAGAAACGAUAGGAACGGGAAAAGGACCAGAACCGAUCGAAGCUAUCAGUACGCAAUCAUCAUUCAGUACGACUUCGGAAAGUACUUGGAAAAUAUUACCUGUUACUUCAUCGCCUUUGAUCGAGCACACGAUUUUUAUACAGAGCACAGUUACACCGCCCGAAGAAUGCGACGAUGCAAACUACGUGCCAUUAAUACGAAAUCUGCGAGAAACAGUAACUAUUCGUGCUAGUAGCAGCAAAAAUCCUGUAUUACGAUCUGACAAUCUGCUGAUAUAUACAGAGAGAAACUUUUCGUCGUUACCCGAGAAAUUUUGGGAACCCGAGAUAACAAAUACAAAUCAAUGGCUUGACGUUGAAUUUGAUAGACCUGAACCGGUUUAUGGUGUCAUCUUACAAGGUGCCGUAACCGAGGAUAAAUUUGUAACCAGUUACAAGGUACUCUUUUCAGAGAAUGGUCAAAGCUUCUCGUACACGCUCGACCAUGAAAAACAACCGCGCGUAUUCAGAGGACCUGCUGACAAAAUCCAAUCUGUGAAGCAAAGAUUAUAUCAACCGAUCGAAGCAAGAAUUAUUCGUAUUAAUCCGCUAACAUGGCAUAACGGGAUCGCUGUUAAAGUAGAGGUGCUAGGUUGUAAGGAUCAUGUAUCACCGAUGAUGACGACAACGACAACCGAACAACCGAUAAUAAAGACAACAAUCUCCGAGAAGAUCGUGAGACCAGUGUGCGAAGAUUCAAUGGGAUUGGACAAUGGGCUGAUGGCUAUUGAACAAGUCUCGGUAUCGAGUUCGCCGCAGUUGAUUCAAAAUCUUCCGUUAUCCUCGGAAGGAGUAUGGCGUGCCACUUUAGAUAAUCCGCAUCAGUAUGUUCAAUUAAACUUUUUAGAACCUCGAAAUUUGACCGGAAUCACGACCAAGGGAGGAGAGAACGCUUGGACAAUCGUAUACAAAGUAUUCUAUAGCAAUGACGGGCGUCACUGGAAUCCAGUCGUCGACGAAAAUGGCAAUGAGAAAGAGUUUCUCGGCAAUUUCGAUGCGGAAAGUCGGCAAACAAACUUCUUUGAUAGACCGUUACACGCGAGAUUAUUGAGAAUACAACCCAUCAAAUGGCAUAAUCAUGUCGCAUUAAAGGUUGAAAUCCUCGGCUGCUAUUUGGCGUAUCCCGCAUUAGAGGUAUCGGAAAUCAAAUCGACAACGACAUCGUCUUCGUUUGAGCGAAAGUGCAAUGUAUGCGACGGAAUCGAUUGGACAACGUUGGACGAUGAAGAACGUUGCAAAUGCGAAGAUCUUUAUUGGUGGGAUGGAGAAUCAUGCGUAUCAAAGCGGGAAUGCCCCUGCGUAGUUGGACAUGUUCCUUACGCGGUAGGCAGCGUCUACGAAACGGAGGAUUGUCAACAGUGCGUAUGUGUCUUGGGCGGAACGUCCACGUGUUCACCGAAAAAAUGCGAACCUUGUCUGGAACCGGGUUUACGAUCUGUCGUCAGCAAACUGUGCACUUGCCUAUGUAAACCUUGUCCAGCAGGCACGAGACACUGUCCUACAAGUGACGUUUGUAUAAAUGAAACUUCGUGGUGUAACGGUGUUCAAGACUGUCCGGAUGACGAGAAUGAUUGUCCAGAAAUAAUCUCCACGACGCCUGUCGCGGCUGAAGUUUCAGAAACAACAAAUACGAUUGGUCUACAAGUUAUGACAACUUUGAGUCCUAUUCAAAUUAGUCCACAACCAUGCGAGGAACCACUUUGUCCAUUUGGUUACAAAGUAGUCUUCAAACAAUCAUUCCAGCAACAGGAGAAAUUGAAUCACCAUAUUAAGACAAAUGUAAAAUCCAAAAAGCGCAAAGGUUUUUCAAAGACGAAAGGAUACAAGAAGCAUCCGUUCCAUGAGCGUCCGACGAAAAAUCAAGAUCAUCAGUCAGCAGUGGAAGACAUUCAAUGUCCUGAGUUUAUCUGCAUGCCCAACAAGUUGCCGCCUGUCCUUCCCGGCAGCAAGAAGCCGGAGACAUGUCCGGAGACAUUGUGUCCUCCACAGUACGAAGUGGUAUUCGAGAGAACAAGUAUGUACAAGAAGCACAAGUGUCCCAAGUACGUGUGCCGACCAUUGAAACCGCAGGAAGCGAUUUGCAAUGUCACCGGAAGAACGUUCAACACCUUCGACAACAUGGAAUAUAAAUAUGAUAUUUGCAAUCACAUUCUAGCCCGCGACAUGUAUGGUAACGAAUGGUACAUCACACUGGAGAAGCUAUGCAUUGACAAACUUGGGCAACGGCACUGCACCCGUGUCCUAGUGGUGAUGCUGAACGAACGCGCGAUCGUGCUUUAUCCGAACUUGCAGGUGGAGAUCGACGGUUAUACCUUCACGGCCGAGCAGAUUGCCCGUUUCGGAAAUCGAUUUCCCGGCUUUGAACUUUCGCGCACGGGCGACAGAAUCGUCUUCCUCUCGCAUCGCUACGGUUUCUGGGUGAUUUGGGACUCGAGUACCAACGUAAAGAUUGGGGUCGUCGCAAAACUAUUGGGUCGUAUAGAUGGCCUAUGCGGAUACUUUGACGGCAAUAUCGCGAAUGAUCGCCAAACACCUGAGGGAACGCAGGCGAGAAGCACCAUUGAAUUCGGAAACAGCUGGGCGAUGGAAGAUGUGAAAGAAUGUGAUCUACAUGUCUGCCCGCACGACAUUCAGGAACAGGCUUGGAUGAUUUGCAAUUCCGUGAGAAGUCCGAUGCUGCUGGAUGCGUGCUCCACGAUCGUCGAUCUUGACAGAUUUGUCUCUCGCUGCGUGGAGAGUGUGUGCUCCUGUUUGCAUUCUUCUAACUCCUAUGAGGAUUGCCGAUGUCGCUUGUUAACGAGCUUCGUCGGCGAAUGCGAAGCUGCUGCCGAUUCUGGCGCGAAUCUAUUGACAGAUUGGAGAACCGUUUAUGACUGUCCCGCGAGUUGUCCAUCGCCAUUCGUUCAUCGGGACUGCUUCCGCAGCAAAUGCGAAAUCACCUGCGAUAAUCUGCACGAGGUAGAACCGUGUCCACCGAUGCGAGGUAUCUGCUUUCCUGGUUGCUUCUGUCCGGACGGCCUGGUACGUCGAAACGACGCCGAAUGCGUACCACCGACGCACUGUCUGGACUGCGUGUGUGAUGGCCUUGGCGAUGCCAAAUUCAUCGACUUCAAUCGCAAAAACUUUAGAUUCACCGGCAAUUGCACUUACCUGCUAUCAGGAAACGUAAUGGAAAACGCGAAGAGUCGAAGGAACGGGACACGCGCGUAUCAGAUUUUGAUCACCAACGGAUAUUGUGCCACCGGUAUCUGCACGGAGGUCAUCACACUGCUUUACGAUGAACAUGUGGUUCAAAUAAGACGUGCGGAAUCAUCGAAGGAUCUGCAAGUGUUGAUCGACGAUUCCCGAGUGGAGAGAUUCCCAAUUGACUACACGUGGAUCGUAUUGAAUCAAAUGUUAACCGGAGAUGUAACUUUACUGGUACCGUCAAUCCAAUUAGAAUUUGUCGCUUUUCGACAAAAUUUCGCGUUUACUUUGAAACUACCUUCGCAUAUCUUCAGCGAUGUUACCGAAGGUUUAUGCGGUAAUUGUAACGCCGAUGCCGAGGGUGGCUUCGAGAAACGCGAUGGAGAGAUCACGCAGGAUGUCGAAGAUUUCGGUAAAUCCUGGUUGGUCAAGGAUCUGUCGACGCAGUUGGGCCUCAGCGAUCAGACGUGCUUCAGUGAACAUCAGCCACAGUGUACGCCACCGCCAGCUGACAAAGAUAUUUGCAAAAAGCUUUUGGAUUUACCACAGUUUAUACAGUGUCACAGUCUCAUCGAUCCAAAACCAUACAUGGAUUGCUGUUACGAUGCAUUAUGCACUGAUGGAAACUAUUGCGACAGUUUGGAAAUGUAUGCGAGGAAGUGUCUGGAAGCUGGUUUGUGUCCAGCUUGGAGAACCGAUGAAAUCUGCCCGUACGAAUGUCCUAAAGAUCUUGUCUAUCAACCAUGCGGCUCUAGUUGUAAGGAAACAUGCGAUACUUUGAAUAAAUCGAACAAUCCAAAGUGUGCAUCCGGUCCUGUCGAAGGAUGCUUCUGUCCAAAGGAUUAUGUAUUCCACAAUGAUUCUUGCAUAUUGAAACAGAACUGUUUUGUCUGUGAUAAAGACGGUCAUGUACAGGGAGAUAUCUGGUAUCCAGACAAAUGUACCGAAUGCAACUGUAACAGUGGGAUUGUAAGUUGUCAGAAGACAGAGUGCCCUGUAUUGGAUACGAUCUGCGAGGAAAAUAUGACACCUGUACUUGUUAAUGGAACUGAAGAGAGAUGUUGUGCCAAGUAUUUAUGCGCUCCAAAACCGACAGCUCCUACGAUAUGUAUUGAGCCACAAGAGCCAGAAUGUGGUUUUGGUCAGAUAAUGAAAGCGGUUAUUGACGAUGAUGGGUGUCACAAAUUUAUAUGUCAAUGUCUACCUGUAAACGAGUGUCCUACUUUCAAUGAACUUUCAAACGAAGUGGAACAACUGCAGCCCGGUUUCGUACAAGUGAUGAAUACAUCCGGCUGCUGUCCGCGACCAAGUAAAAUGUGUGAUCCAGGAACUUGUCCUUCUACAGCAAAAUGUCCAGAUUAUUAUGAUACUACAGCAAUUAUGCUUCCAGACAGUUGUUGUCCCACUUAUGAAUGCGUGCCUCCAAAAGACAUUUGUCUUUAUACAAACGAUGAAGAUCAAAGCAGGCAGAAUGUAAUAGCGAAACAAAUUGGAGAGGAAUGGAAGGAUGGUAAAUGCAAGACAUGCUUAUGCGAGAAUUCGCAUGAUGGUCCUAAAGUAAAUUGUUUAAUCAUGGAAUGUCCAAGUAUGAAUGCACAUCCUGAUAUAAAAGAUUAUGUAUUGGAAGAAGUACUAUUGGAUGAUAAAUGCUGCCCAAUCUUUGAGCGUACUGCUUGCAAAUGGAAAGACAAAAUAUAUAAUAUUGGCGAAAAUUGGAUGCCUAAUGUUGAAGAUGCUUGUCUUUCGAUGUAUUGUGGCAAAGAUUUAGGUAGUGUUCAAGUAUUAACUAAAGUCCAAGAAUGUAAUACUGUGUGUGACUAUGGUUAUACAUAUCAAGUGCCUAAUGACACUAGUGUUAAUUGUUGUGGGACGUGUAUCCAAGUUGCAUGUAUUGUAGAAGACAUACUUAAAAAUGUGGGAGAGCAAUGGUACUCAGAUGAUCAUUGUGUAACAUACUUUUGUGAAUCAGCGAAUGGAAGUGUGUACAUACAAGCAAAUACCGAAAUUUGUCCAGGAAUCGAUCCGCAAUUGGAAUCAGAGUACGAGGUGGAAGAGCGCAAAAUCCCGGAAAAGUGUUGUCCAGAAUAUGUCAAAACGGCUUGUCGUAGCGACGGACAAAUAUAUAAAUCUGGAGAAAAAUGGAAAUCUUUCACAGAUAAUUGCAUCAUCGAAACAUGUGUUGGACCGAAUAUAACAAAGCACAAAGAGAUUGAAGUCUGUUCAACACAAUGUACUCUAGGAUGGUCGUACCAAGAAUCAGAAAAUGAUAAAUGUUGUGGAGAAUGCAAACAAACGUUUUGUGUAUUUGAAGAUACUUUGUAUCCACCUGGCACAACAUGGUCGUCCGAUGAUAACUGUACUACUUAUACAUGCAUGGAAAAAAAUGGACAACUAUCUCUUGCUGUAAGUCCAGUUGCUUGUCCAGAUAUAAGAGAUUGUCCUGCUGAAUCAAUUUAUUAUGAUCAGUGCUGCAAGCGAUGUAAUUUGAGUAUCCUUAAUAUAGAAAAAGAGAUUAACAGAACAUGCAAGACAAUUUUUGUGGAUGCAAACAAUACUAUAGGUAUGCUGGUUGCAAAUCAUCCUUUACAUGGGAAAUGUAAAAAUUUAGAUGCUAUUGAGGGUAUUAAACAAUGCAGUGGAACAUGUGAAUCUUCAACAUUUUUCAAUAGCGAAAAUUGGAAUCAAGUAAGUAACUGUUAUUGUUGUCAAGCAAAGGAGUAUAUUGGUAUCAUUGUCAAUUUAAUAUGCGAAGAUGGCAGAAGAUUGAAAAAGCAACUAGCAAUACCAAGUUCUUGUUCUUGUCAAAAUUGUGCUUUCGCAGACAUUAAAAACGAAAAUAGAAAGACAAAGAGCAAAGGUUAAUCUACAAAGGCUGUUUCUCGACUAUAUAUUUACUCUUUAUUAAUGUAUCUUAAUAAUGAAAUAUUUUUCUAUUUUAAAGUGUCAUAAAGAUAAUUUAAGAAAAUAUAUAAUAUAUCUACAUACAUAAGUUUAUAACGAAGAAAAUUAAAAUUAUCUAAAAUUUGUCGAAGAAAAUAUAAAACCUUUAUGUUUAA